AUGCUCUCAUCUCACAAUAACGCGUUGAAGAUGGCUGCUGAAAUAACGGAUCCAUUUGAUCUGCCUGGUCCAUCAGAAAGACCUGGUCUUCGCGAUAUGGAUGCCUCAAUGCGCUGUACCAUCUGCCAGGAAUUCUAUGAUGCACCAGUGACCCUAUCCUGUGGACACUGCUUCUGCUCUCUGUGCAUCCGUAACUCGUUAGCAGAGAAGCCAGAGUGCCCUCAAUGUCGCAAGUCGAGCAGUGACGUCCACUUCCGACCAAACCCAACUGUAGAACAGGCUGUUGAAGCUUGGAAAGCCGCAAGGCCGUGUAUACUUAAGCUCCUAAAAGAAACGGCAGAUUUGUUGAGCCGCGCCAAUGCGGCCCCCGUCGAAGCACGUAGCUCAAAGCCCGUCAAAAAGCGUAAACGUACCCAAAGCGUGGAUUCCGUGGCAAGCAUAGAGCUGGUGGAGCCACAAACGGCUAUCAAGUCAUCUGAGGGGGAGAGCGUUCGAGAAGGUGCGUCAGACUCUCUCUCUUCAUCUCAACUCAAUCCAUUGACGACAUACGUAGCUGUAGGUUGUCCAAUAUGUAAUAAACAAGUUCUCUACUGUAACAUCAAUACCCACAUGGAUAGCGGCUGCUCUAAGCAUGUCGUAUCUCGGCGUUCUAGCCAAACUACUCAAGCUACUCGAUGGCAAGGGAUAUUCACUGGGGAUAACAAUUCCAAAGGAAAGCAAAAAUCAAGCGGCAGCGAGGACUCUGACGCACCUCUGCCCAAACUAGCGUAUGGCACCAUGAAGGAGAAGGCAAUUCGCGAACGUCUAGUUGAACACGGCUUAAGCACUCAUGGGGACAAGGCGGCUCUUGUAGCUCGGCACAGGCAAUGGGUUAUGAUGUAUAAUGCCAACCUUGAUAAGUCAGAGAAGAAUAGAAAACCGUUGAAAGAAUUGCGUAAAGAACUCAAGACCUGGGAGGAUGGUAGCAAAUCGAAGAAAGUUAUUGUUGAAGACACUGUCGCUCACGAGGUGCAUAGUUUGCCUGGUCAUAUCUCGUGUCCUCAUUUUUCAUUGAUACAGAGGAAGUACCGAAGCGAGUUCACGGAUCUUGUAGAGAAAGCGAAGGCCUCUUCCAGUGCUCACAAGCCCCCAAGCGUUCCGAUAUCAUCGCCACCAUUAGAGACCACGUCGGAUGACGCUGAUGUAGUCCCUGACUCAGAAGACGAAGCACCUAAGUAG